GAGGCGGCGGCGGCGGCGAAGGACCGGCUGGGCCGGGCGGCGAAGGAUGUGGAGGGCCCGCGCGGCGGCGGCGGCUGCCUGCGCUGCCUGUCAGGACCUGGCCAAUGGGACCCCCAGAGCGAGAGGGAAGCUGCCGCUGCAGAAGCUGCAUUUUAUCUCACAAAAAACUCAUCAUUCCGGGGCCCCCAUGUCCAGGUUACCAAGGCUUCGGUCACGGACCUCGGCCCAGCAGUACUCCACCCUCGGUCGCCUUCCCUUGCGCAACUCCAGGCUGCUGCUUGUAAAGUUCGGCCUCCAGCCCUCCAGGAACUUCUGGCUCGCCCGGGUGGCCUCCAGGCUGCUGCGGCUGCGCUACCUCGUGCUGGGCUCUGCGGUGGGGGGUGGCUACACGGCCCAAAAGACCUACACCCAAUGGAAGGACUCCUUGCCGGACCUGAGUGAAUACAAGUGGAUCGUUCCUGACUUCCUUUGGGAAAUCGACGAGUACAUCGACUUCGAGAGGCUGAAGAAGGCCCUCCCGGAUUCCGAAGAGCUGGGCAAGCUCAUGCCCGACUUCCACAAGAUCAGCGAGACCUUCAGCUCCUUCUCCGGUUUCUUCACACCUGGUUACAAUUUGGUUAAUGAAGUCAUAGGAGCUUCUGAUCUACUCUUGUUAGGUUCUUCAGGGGACUCGGCCUUCAGAGCCACCGACCAGGGAGGCGAGAGUGACAAGCAGCACAAGAAGGUUUCUGAUAAAGAAAAGGUUGAUCAGCUCCAGGAAGAAUUACUACGAACGCAGCUGAAAUACCAGCGGAUGCUGGAGCGCCUGGAGAAGGAGAACAAAGAGCUGAGGAAGAUAGUCCUGCAGAAGGACGAGAAGGGCAUUCAUCAGAGGAAGGUGAAGAAAUCUUUGAUUGACAUGUACUCCGAAGUCCUGGAUACUCUGUCAGACUACGAUGCCAGCUACAAUACACACGACCAUUUGCCUCGGGUGGUUGUGGUGGGAGACCAGAGUGCUGGCAAAACCAGCGUGCUGGAAAUGGUGGCUCAGGCCCGGAUCUUCCCCCGGGGCUCCGGAGAAAUGAUGACACGCUCACCGGUCAAGGUGACCCUCAGCGAAGGCCCCCACCACGUGGCCGUGUUCAAGGACAGCUCUCGGGAGUUCGAUUUGAACAAGGAGGAAGACCUGGCGGCCCUGCGGCACGAGAUCGAGAUCCGGAUGAAGAAGAGCGUGGGCAGCGGCUGCACCGUCAGCUCGGAGACCAUCUCGCUCAGCGUCAAGGGUCCUGGCCUGCAGAGGAUGGUGCUGGUCGAUUUGCCCGGGGUCAUCAGUACGGUGACCUCGGGGAUGGCGGCAAACACGAAGGACCUCAUCUUCAGCAUCAGCAAGGCCUACAUGCAGAACCCCAACGCCAUCAUCCUCUGCAUCCAAGAUGGGUCCGUAGAUGCAGAACGCAGCAUCGUCACCGACCUGGUCAGCCAGAUGGACCCCCAGGGCAAGAGGACCAUCUUCGUGCUGACCAAAGUGGACCUGGCGGAGAAGAACGUGGCCAGUCCCAGCAGGAUUCAGCAGAUCAUCGAAGGCAAGCUCUUCCCCAUGAAGGCUCUCGGGUAUUUUGCCGUGGUUACUGGGAAAGGAAACAGCAGUGAAAGCAUCGAAUCUAUUAGGGACUAUGAAGAGGAAUUUUUCCAAAACUCCAAGCUAUUGAAGAACUGCAUGCUGAAACCCCACCAGGUGACCACGCGGAACCUCAGCCUAGCCGUGUCCGACUGUUUUUGGAAAAUGGUGCGGGAGUCUGUGGAGCAGCAGGCGGAUGCUUUCAAAGCAACCCGCUUUAAUCUGGAAACCGAGUGGAAGAACAACUACCCCCGCUUGCGAGAGCUGGACCGGAACGAGCUGUUUGAAAAAGCCAAGAACGAAAUCCUGGACGAAGUCAUAAGCCUGAGCCAGGUGACCCCCAAGCACUGGUACCGUACUUGAUUUCUCCCCUUUGGGGUAGGGACGUAGCC